CGAGAAGUUAUUCUACGCGGAUGUAGUUGCAGAUGAAAUUUCGAACGUGCAAUCUCCUGAAGAAGUAUAAUUUUAUAUAACUUCUUGUAAAAUAUCCACGUCGCAUCUUUCUUUCAUCACUCUCAUCUCUGUGCUAAUCGUCUUGCCAGCUCUUAAUAUUGCAUCAUAAAAUUCAAAUGUUCUUUGAAGAAAUUGUAUUACAAAUUGUGACGAAGAGAACUGUGUAUUACAAAAAGAUAUUAAUAUUAUAGAUUGUGCUAAACUUUCUGACGAGAAUGGAGCAAAUUGGAAGAUCUAAAAAGUACAUUUCACCACAUACAUCUACGUGGUCUGCUAAUCAAACCAUUAAUGGUAGAGUUCUACCUGAUGUAUAUUGGCAAUAUACACAAAGAAGCAAUCAAGAUACCAUUGAUAAAAGUACCAGACGCCAACAAAGUCCUAUGCCAGAAUCGGUGAACUAUUAUUCUUCCGCAAAUUCUUACAAAACUUUAAAACAUAACACUUAUCCAUACUCAACACAUCCGAAACAAUCUUCUGCUCUUCACGCGGAAGUACCACAGCGAUACCAACAGAUUACUACAAAAUCUGCUAGAAAUAAAGAUCGUAUUGAUAAUGUUGAUGUUAUAAACAAAGAUCGAUAUAAGACUCAACAAGAAGAUGAAAAUAAUACAGAAUAUAUCGAUGACGAACUAGGAAACUUUACGGAAGAUAAUUUAGAAGAAGACGCUGAAGAGGAAGCGGAGAACAAUCGAUCUCUUCGAAAUGACAAAAGAGUCGAGGAGUCCAUCAAUAAGGAAUACGAUGAGCAGGAAGCAGACGAUGAAAUAGAUGAAGAAUCUGAUGCACCUGCCGAAACACAAGCUAUACAACGUAAUGCAGUUAAGAAAGAUGCAUUGUUGCGAGCACAGCGAAUGCGAAUGAUUAACCAGCAACAAGAUCCACAUAGAAUUCGUUAUUCUCAACAAGCACCAAAACUGUAUCCAGCUUAUCAUUUACCAACAAGGUACUACCAUAAUGCACAUGAGCACGAUAUCCAUGAAACGUUGUCGGAGGAAGAUCUGUACACGGCUCAAGCAGUGAAAAAUUCUCCUCGAAGAUUAUCUAUGGGCUAUCAAAAUUGGAUUCCGCAAAGGAGUUCAACAGAUCGAUAUGACACAAUGGCCUCAUUAACUCAACCGAGUCACCGAGCACGGACAAGACCAGAAAUAAAGUCAUUUACGGAGGCAGAACUUGCUGAUAGGAGAAAGUGUAGCCGUUGCGGUACUAUCUCAACCAGGAAACCAUCAACUUCGAGAAGGAACAAUUGUAGAUUUCAGAUUAAUCCUAACUUCUCGACAAAGACUCGUUUUGGCGAUGAUGCGGAGAUACUCGAUCAAUCUUGGUGCAACCAUUGUAAGCCGAAACAUCAUUUUGAAGGAAAUAUUAGGCCUUGUGAAAUUCCAAUCUCAGCUUUAUAUUCAAUGAAAUCACGACGUCCCAGGAAUAGUAAUAUACCAUUGCACGAAACGUUAGAAGAAAAACAUCCAAUGGAUGAGAUAUCGCAUGAGUUCGCACGGAUGUCAUCCAGAUAUACCAAAGAUACGCCAAACACUUUGCGAGAUAGAACCAGACAUUCUGCGCAGGCAGCACAAGGCGCAACUAGAAUAUCUGCUCGUUAUGAUCCUUAAAUAUUUUCCUAAAUUUUAUCACUUUUAU